UUCAUGUAAAAACAAUAUUGUUAUCUAUUCAUGUUCAAUCUUACAAAUAGUAUAAACACUUUUAUUGUAAGACUUAUUAAUGUGAAGAAUCAAUUUGUUUCUUUACAAGUAUAAUUGCAGCGAUCAGAAAAAAUGAAAACGUAUUGCAUCCUAUUAAGACAACAAAUUAUUUGUUUCUUCAAAAUCUUUCACUUCUACCUAUAAAUUGUACGUAAAAUAAAGGCGGAAAAGAUACCAAGGUGACCCUAAAAAAAAUAGGUCAAUAAAAAACAGAAUGGCCAAAUUCUUUUGAGCAUGAACUUGAGCACCAAAAAAAAAACCAGAGGGGAACUCAGGUGUUCCAAAUGGACCAGCAGUUGCGGUCCCCGCAAGUGACACUCGUACUAUGAAAGCAUUUAAAGAAUAAGAAAAAUCUGUGAAUGUCAGUCUACAGACUUAUAUAAUUUUCAUAUCCUAUAAAAAAAAAUGUAUUCCACGCAAACAAUCUAAACCUGAAUAAAAAGGAAUUAUAAAUAUUACAACAUUGUCAGCACACAAUCAUUUUGCAUAACUUAUAAAUCAUUCAAUGUUCAUUACAAAAUAAAAACGCGUUUAACGGACUACAUAAAAAGAACAUUUAAAACACCUAACUGUGACAUGUUAUCCCAUAUAAAUAAAAAAACAUGAUAUAAAUCAUGUGUUCAUCUUUUCAUUUUGCGUUUCACACUGAAAUGAAUAUAAUCUUGAUGUACAUUGUAUAUAGAACGAUCGUGUUCCGUUAACAUUGUGUUACAAUCGAUGGCCAACGUAACAUCAAUCACAUAGGUAACAAAAAACUAGUUCAACAUGUUAAAACUUACAAUAAAAUUAACAGGUACAAAUUAAACAUGAUAAUAAAAAGAUAUGACUUAUGUUUUAGCAUGUUUCUCUUUUACAAAUUGUUAAAAUUGAAUUUACUGCUUCCUGUGGUACAUCAUUAUAAAAGAUGUCCAGUCUCUGGUUUUGGCCACAACUCGGCUUGUCCUCCCAGCUUACUAUAGCCUCUCACUGCUACAGUUAAAGGUAUGUUGUUUUAUAUUGAUUUACGAUUUGUCGUUUUCACUAUUAACUAAGGUUUCGCCUCCCUCUAUGAUGACUUUAGAAGGAUUUGGCUAUUAUUUUUAGGUCCCUUUUGGUCAUGUGGCUCUUCACGUGUUUUGUUUCUAAAACAUCCUUGGCUUUCAAGAAUUUGGCUUUGAACGUUCCGGAUGAAGGUAAAUCCAGAAAGAGCGUUAGACACACAUUUAUAGAGUGGUGUUUUAAUUUGUUACAUUCAGUAUUGGUUAAUGAAACAAAUAAAUGAGACUGACACUUAUUUCCAAUAAAAUUACUUUAUCAUUUAAUUUCAUUAACUUUAUGUUUUGAACACAGGCAUCUGUUUAAGCAUUUGAUUGAAAUUUAUCUGCAGAUAAAAGCAGUAAUUCUCACAUUGAAUUAUAAUAUUUAAUCAUAAACAAUCUUGAACAUGAUAUAUUCAAAAACGGCCUUUGAGAGCAUCGGUUUAUGAACCAUUAACAUUUCAUUUUCGUUUUGUUUAACAGAAAUUGACAAGACGCGAAAUAAUUAAAAACAGAGAUUUUAUAUUUAUCGUUUUGAAUUGAGCAUACUCAGUCAGAAUUAUCACCAAUUAAACCUCUAAAAUCAAUUAAUGUUUUACUCAUUUUUAUAAAUGUUCAUCUGAUUUUGCAAUACCCAGAAAACAAUCUAUAAUUAUUAUUUUUACCUUGGAAAAUGCUCGUAAAAGCUACUUUGCUUUUUUCAAUUAGUUCGGCACAAUCCUUUUGUUGAUAAAAAAAAAUUGAAAUAGGUUACAAAACCAAAUGGACAUGCAAAUGAAUAAAUGCAUUUGUACUCAUAUAGGUUUACAAACAUCUAAAAACCCAAGGCAGUUUAAGUACUUACAUUGUAUAUACGUACGGAGCUAUAUCACUAAAAAGGAACUACUAUUCGAUAGACAGACAGUUCCGAAUAUUACAUUUAUAUAAUUAUUAUAUUAUACAUUUGGUAACACACACAGCUGAAAAGCAAUAGCAAAAAAAUGCUAUCAAAGUAUAACUUUAUUGCCUAAUAGAUAUUUUCAUUACUGAUAAUCAUUUUAACUAAAUAAUUUUAAAAGAAAAAGUAUUAACGAAUUGAAAUACUUAGCGAAUAUGUCUGAAUAAUUCAUUUAAUAAUAAAAAAAACCCUGGAAUAAUACCAAAUAUCGUCGAACGGAACAUGAUACUUAUUAUUUCCAAAAGACUAGUAUACAGAAUUAUACUUCUAAAUUCUAAAUUAAUUAAAUAUGAAUAACUAAUAAAUAAAUAAAUAAUGAGACAAAAGAUAUGUUGGCGUCAAUGUGGUAGUUAACUGAGAACAUCAAAAAAACAUCCAUACAAAUGUCGACUUCUAAAUAUCAUUUGGUUAUGUUUUGUCUUGAAUUACUGUCUCAUUGACGUUUAACAUACAUUUCAUUUCAUUUUUUUUUUUCUGCCAAAUUUUUGAAAGAAGAAUAUUUUAAAUGAUAAAUAAUAAUCAAGUUUUAGACAUCUAAUUAAUUAUGAUUACAUGACUAAUGUACAGGAAUAAUAUGUGCAGCGAUCACUACGCUAGCCACUAUGAGAAAGAGAAAGAGUCCAUUUAUAUGUAUUUUUUAAAUUACUUUGCAGUGUUUACCUGAAAUAAUAAAAAAAAGAAAAUAUACUACUAUUUUUGUAUGACAUUUAGACUUAAUUUUAAAGUUAUUGUAAACGUUUUUCGUAUUUAGUAGAAAUUUCUGCACAUCUUUGUGACAACUUUUUCUCUCACACCUUGCAAGAUAAUUCCUUAAUAGAAAUUCUUUUCAUUAUAAAUGUCAUCUACUAAACAACAAAUAAAUUGAAAAAAAAAAAAUAUUUACGUGACAUAUAUAGCCUUUCAUGGGAGAUUAUAGGUUUUAUAUCAUAUUGUUAUGAAUAUUAUGUUUAAAAAAGUUUUGACAAAUUUAUAAGUGUUAAUAAAUUACACAAGUACAGAGGGAAUCUACAGAUUCACACUUGUUUCUAUUAUUUUACAUCGUUGAUUUACUUUUAAAAAAAUCCAGCUUUGUAUGAUGAUAUAGAAGACAAAUCUAAAAUAUCAUAAUGGCUUUUAAUGAAAUACCUUUUCGGUAACACCACAAAUAAAAAUAAAAAAUAAACAGAAUGCCACUGAAUUCUAAAUGAUUGUAUUACUAAUAAAAAUCUCAUGUUGUAUUUCAGUCUUUCAUUAUGAAUCCCAUUCAGACCGUUGUCACAUUUAUUGCUGUCUUCGUCACAGUUAAUGGUGCUGGUUAUGGAAAAGGUGGCGGUAUGGGUGGCGGUAUGGGAGGCGGAAUGGGAGGCGGUAUGGGAGGUAUGGGUGGUGGUAUGAUGGGUGGUGGCAUGGGAGGCGGUAUGGGUAAAAUGAUGGGCGGUGGUAUGAUGGGUGGUGGAAUGAUGGGUGGUAUGGGCGGUGGAAUGAUGGGCAUGAUGGGUGGAAUGGGAGGAGGUAUGGGUAAGAUGAUGGGCGGUGGAAUGGGAGGUGGUAUGAUGGGUGGAAUGGAAGGCGGUAUGGGUGGAAUGGGAGGUGGUAUGGGUGGAAUGGGAGGCGGUAUGGGUGGAAUGGGAGGCGGUAUGGGUGGAAUGGGAGGUGGUAUGGGUAAGAUGAUGAUGCCAAUGCCAAUGCCAAUGCCAAUGCCAAUGCCAAUGCCGAUGCCAAUGCCAAUGCCAAUGCCGAUGCCAAUGCCCAAAUCUAUGCCAAUGCCAAUGUCAAUGCCAAUGUCAAUGCCAAAGAUGGGAGGUGGAAUGAUGGGUGGCAUGAUGGGAGGUAUGGGCGGAGGAAUGGGAGGAAUGGGAGGAGGAAUGGGAGGAGGAAUGGGCGGUGGAAUGGGCGGAGGAAUGGGCGGUGGAAUGGGCGGUGGCAAAAGUAAGUCUUUGUUUAUUGAAGCUUUACUUUUAAAUGGUUUUCCCUACGGUGGCGGUAUGGGCGGUGGUAUGGGCGCUGGUAUGAUGGGUGGUGGAAUGAUGGGUGGUAUUGGUAUGGGUAAGAUGAUGGGCGGUGGAAUGGGUGGUGGAAAAGGCGGUGGUAUGAAAGUUGAAAUGGAAGUUCCAAUAGGUGGAAUGGGAGGCGGUAUGGGAGGAAUGGGAGGCGGUAUGAUGGGCGGUGGAAAAGGUAUGCAGGUUGAAAUGGAAGCCGCUCCGGGUGGAAUGGGAGGCGGACAAGGGGGAAUGGGCGGUGGAAAGAUGGGCGGUGGUAAAGGCGGUGGUAUGAAGAUGGAAAUGGAAGGCCCUAUGGGUGGAAUGGGAGGCGGUAUGAGAGGAAUGGGAGGCGGUAUGAUGGGCGGUGGAAAAGGUAUGCAGGUUGAAAUGGAAGCCGGCCCGGGUGGAAUGGGAGGCGGUAUGGGUGGAAUGGGCGGUGGAAUGGGCGGUGGCAUGAAGGUUGAAAUGGAAGCCGCUCCGGCUACUGGUAACAAGAUGGGCGGUGGAAUGGGCGGUGGUAUGGGUGGAAUGGGAGGCGGUAUGGGUCAGAUGAUGGGCGGUGGAAUGGGCGGUGGUAUGGGCGGUGGUAUGAAGGUUGAAAUGGAAGCCGCUCCGGCUAAUGGUAAAAUGAUGGGAGGUGGAAUGGGAGGUGGUAUGGGAGGAAUGGCCGGUGGAAUGGGUCAGAUGAUGAUGAUGCCGAUGAAAAUGUCAAUGCCAGAACAAAUGCCAAUGCCAAUGCCAAUGAUGGGAGGCAUGGGCGGUGGAAUGGGCGGAGGAAUGGGAGGAGGAAUGGGAGGAAUGGGCGGAGGUAUGGGUAAGAUGAUGAUGCCUAUGCCAAUGCAAAUGCCAAUGCCAAUGCCAAAAAUGGAAAUCGAAAUGCCAAUGCCCAUGACAAAGAUGGGAGGUGGAAUGAUGGGCGCUGGAAUGGGCGGUGGUAUGAUGGGCGGUGGAAUGGGCGGUGGAAUGAGCGGCGGUAUGAUGGGUGAAAUGGAAGGCAGUAUGGGUGGAAUGGGAGGCGGUAUGGGAGGAAUGAGUGGUGGUAUGGCUAAGAUGAUGAUGCCGAUGCCAAUGCAAAAGCCAAUGCCAAAAAUGGAAAUUGAAAUGCCAAUGGGAAUGUCAAAGAUGAUGGGAGCUAAAAUGAUGGCUGCCAUGAUGGGAGGUAUGGGCGGCGGAAUGGGCGGAGGAAUAGGAGGAAUGGGCGGAGGAAUGGGAGGAAUGGGAGGAAUGGCCGGUGGAAUGGGAGGAUCAAUGGGAGGAAUGGGCAUUGGAGGCAAAAGAUAUAGAAGAUCUUCUGGUAUGUAG